AUGAAAGACCCAGGCUUUAGUGACAAAGUUCACAUUUUCAAUCAUGUCGUUUUACGUCAAGACUGGUGUCUCAUUCUUGCGAUGAUCGUAUGUACCGUUGGAUGUGGAGCCGUGCCAGCGAUAACUUCCGUAUUGACUGGGUCGACUUUCGGGCUUCUUCAGAGCUAUGCCAUGUCGCAUGAACAGGUCCAUGUGCUCAUGCGGCAGCUAACGUUGAAGACGAUGGCCAUUUUGAUUACUGGAGUCGCGAGUGUUCCAGUGACUUGGUUGACGGUGUUUCUUUGGAUGUCGCUAGGAGAGAGACAGGUGGCACGGAUUCGCACGAGAAUCAGAGAUGAGUAUUUUCAGAAGUCGAUGGCAUGGUACGACGGUCAAGACCAAUUGAGCGGAGAUUUCACGCAAUUGAAUAGAUGUGUUGAAGAAGUACGGGCCGCUGCUUCUGAGGGCUCGGCUAUGGUUUUCCAAAAUGUGGUUACCGUGUUUGCAUUGUUUGGAAUUUCUCUGUACUAUUCAUGGUCCUUAACGUUGGUCACUUUGGCCAGCACGCCCAUUUUGGCUCUAAUAACGUUUCUGCUUUUGAAGCUGGUUAAUAAGUGUGCUAAGGCAGAGAAUAACGAGACGUCUCGCGCUUCUGAAGCUUUGGCCUUUUCGAUGAAUGCCGCCAAAAUGGUGAGGCUUCUGGGUACGCAGGAAGAGGAACUCGCCAAGUUUCGGUCGAGAAUCCUAGCGAGUCAGCGUCAUUUCGUCAACAUGUCUCUUUUUUCUAGUCUAAACUAUUCAUUUUUGAGAUUUUUGACGCUGUGCAUGUUCGUCCAAGGCUUUUGGUUUGGCAAUACGAUGGUCAGAAGGAACAAACUGACCGUACGUGACGUUAUGACGUGUUUCUCGGCCUGUGUCCUUCUUGUAAGCACUGCCAACAACAUUUCGCAUCAAACUAUUGUUCUACAGAAAGGUUUUGUUGCAAUGCAAAGGAUUAUGGAUUUUUUUACCACACCCGAAGAGCCCAAAUUGACAUUAGUGCAGAAAGUGAACAAUUCUUACCCUCAACCUGGUAUUAUUUUUGAAAAUGUGAGUUUUUCUUAUCCAACGAGACCUAAUGACAUGGUCCUUGAGAAUGUGAGCUUGAAGUUCCCCUCGAAUCAAACAACUUUUGUCGUAGGCAAAUCAGGUUCAGGAAAAUCGAGUAUUGGCAACCUUCUUCUAAGAUUCUACGCUCCUAAUUCUGGAACUAUUUUAGUAAAUGGGGUGAACAUCGCGGCCUUAAGCGAAAAAGCUCUCUUAGCUAACGUAACACUACUUGAGCAAAAUUGCACGCUUCUACAAGAUACAAUAGAGGCCAACAUUUUAAUGGGAAAUAAGGAAAUAAGCUCCAAAUGUGAGCUUAUGCGGGAGGCAUGCCAGAUGGCGCUUCUUUCUCGAAUACUAGAUGAUCUUUGCCUGGGCCUGCAGACUUUAGUCGGAGAAUCGGGCUUAGAUUUAAGCGGUGGUGAGAAACAGCGAGUGGCAUUGGCUCGGGCUCGCAUAAAAGACAGUGCAAUUUUGAUUCUCGAUGAAGCGUUAAGCGCACAAGAUAGGGUUCACCACACCCUACUUAUGGAGGCGAUUCGGCAUUGGAGAAAAAACAAGACAACAAUCAUAAUUACUCACGAUCUUUCUGACAUUCAAAGUCAUGACUAUUUGUACGUUUUUGAUAGCGGAAAAGUCGCUGAGGCGGGAGUUAAGGAGGAUUUGCUGGCGAAUCCCUUUUCUCAGUUGUCAAAUUUACAAUUGCUUCAAGAUGAUACCCAAUUUGAUAAUGACGUGAAAACUUUAAGUGAGGGUGAACGACCAGGCUACAAUGAUAAGGUGGACGGCUUUAUAGUCGAAGAAAAGGUUUUAGGCUCUGAGGCCGGGACACCAAAGUCUGAGAGGACUGUGGGUGUGUUUGGCCUCGAAGAUGUAAACCCUCUAUAUGAGGGUAAAAAAUCGAUCGAUUUGCUCGAAGAACGUGUUCUUGCCCCUCAACAACGCACCGUUUUGAAAGCUUUGGUCCUCCUCGAUCCUCCGGAGCUGAACGCUGACGCGGAAAAGAACACAACAGAAAACAAGAAAGCGGAAACAACAUCGUUCAAACAUAUCAUGCAAAAAAUGAUCGAGACUGUUACCCAAAAAAAAUGGUUGGCCGCCGGUUUAGUUUGCUCAGUGGUUGCCGGCGCGACUAAUCCUCUUUUCUCUUACACCUUCUCCAAACUUUUGGGUGCUGUAUCGACCGCCAAUGAAGAUGACAGGAAAGCGAGCUACUUGGCAGAAUGGUCUGGAGUUGUCUUGGCCGUUGCUUUCGGGGACUUUUUGUUCACUUUUUUAAAAGGGUUUAUCUUGGCGUAUUGCAGUGAAGGUUGGAUAACAACUUUAAGGUUAGAAUCGUUUGAGAAAAUUUCGAGGCACGGCUUUGCCUGGUUCGGUUCACAUACUAAUGACACUGCUGCUGUUUCUGCUUUAAUUUUAAACGAUCUAAGGGAUCUGAGAUGUCUCGUUUCUGACUUCAUUUCAGCCUUGAUGACAUUGAUUGUCGUGUCGUCAUGCGGACUUACUUGGGCUCUUGUUUCUGGCUGGAAGUUGAGCCUAGUAUGUAUUAGCUUGGCUCCUUUGUUUCUGUGUUUCACUGGGAUAUAUGGGUCUUUAAUGCAGGCGCGUGAAACAGAAUAUAAAAAUGCAAUUGCAAAACUCGAAUGCUUGCUGUACGAGAUAACCCAAACAGUGAAGACCGUCAGAUGCUUUUCGUUACAGAAUCAUUUCAAAGAGAAAUAUUUAUCAUUGGAACUGUUGGUGUCAACUUGCGGAAAGAAGAGGGCUUUGGCGGUAGGCUUUGGCGUAUCUUCCUCUAAUGCCUUGGUUGCGAUAACCCAAUCAAUCUUACUCUAUUAUGGUCUUAAGCUAGUCCUUACCAAUGAAUACUCUGUCGGGACAAUGUUCACUACUCUGACACUGCUUCUCUUUACUAUUAUGACGAGCAUGAGUUUGAUAUCUGGAAUGCCUGAAAUUAACCGAGGCAAACGCGCUGCCUUCAAAGUGUUUCAACUCCUAGAAGAGAUCGAUGAAAGUGAAAUGGUGCAAACCGGGAAACGUACACAAUCCUUCCACACUUCAACUCAGUUACCCUUGAUCAGAUUUAAUGGGCUGACCUUCUCAUAUGCAGCGAUCCCGCAUACGGCCGUCUUGAGGAAUUUGUACCUGGACAUCAUGCAAGGGGAAGUGGUGGGUUUAGUAGGUCAGCCCGGCUGCGGGAAAUCCACAUUGUGGCAAAUUAUAACGGCAAUAUAUCAGGUUGAAAAUGGAAUGUUAUUUAUCGAUGGAAGUGACGUCAACGAAUGGAACAUUGAAGCACUACGGGAUCAAGUCGCUGUUGUUGAACAAAAAUGCAAUUUGAUAUCUGGGUCCGUUAUUGAUUGUUUGAAGUAUGGAAACAAAAAUUUUUUGGCAGAAGCAGAAAUACUAGACGCGCUCGCAGUUGUGGACAUGGUUGAUUUCGUUAUGGCACUUCCUCACGGGUUAAGCACUCCAAUAGACAAUUGCGUUCUUUCUGGAGGACAGCUUCAACGAAUUGCCAUUGCGCGCGCUCUUCUGAGAAAGCCCAAACUCCUGAUCUUGGAUGAAUGCUCUUCAGCUCUAGAUGCAGCACACGCUCAUUCCCUUUCCAAUUUCAUUCGAAGUGGGAUACCAGGCACGACAAUAUUAGUGAUCACACAUAGCGAACAAAUGUUAAACGCCUGUUCUCGGGCAGUAACUUUGAAAAGUGGGAGAGUAGUUAACGACAAUAGGUCGUGUCAAACCAAAUAA